AUGUCUCUCGCUACUCAAAAGGUAAACAACCGCAUUAUCCUGGGUCUUAUGACCUUCGGACCCGAUGAGUCUGCCGGUGCACGCAUUACAGACCAGGGCAUCUUCAAGAAGGCCCUCGACACCUUCCAGGCCCGAGGGUACAAUGAGGUCGAUACGGCGCCCGUCUACAUCGGCGGCAGGCAGGAGGCCUUUACGCGCGAGGCCGGCUGGAAGGGCCGGGGACUUACGCUGGCCACAAAGGUCAAGUAUCCCUCUGAGCCUGGCGCCAACGCCAAAGACAAGGUGAUUGCCUCUGUGGAGAGCAGCCUGAAGGAGCUGGGGACGGACUGUAUCGACAUGGGGAGAGGGAUGGAUGAACAGCUUCUUUACCUUCACCGAGCCGACAGAACGGUGCCGUUCGCCGAGACACUCGAGGCCAUGAACGAGCUGCACAAGGCGGGCAAGUUUGUCCAGUUCGGCAUCAGCAACUUUACGGCGUACGAGGUGGCCGAGAUCGUCAUGACGUGCAAGUACAACAACUGGGUCAGGCCGACCAUCUACCAGGGCAUGUACAACUGUAUCACGCGCGGCAUCGAGGCGGAGCUCUUCGUCGCGUGCCGCCGUUACGGCCUCGACAUUGUCGCCUACAACCCCCUCGCCGGCGGCCUGUUCUCGGGCAAGAUCAAGUCCGCCGACCUCGUCCCCGAGAGCGGGCGCUUCUCCAACACGACCACCACCCAGGGCAAGAACUACCGCGACCGCUACUUCCGCGAGAGCACCUUCAAGGCUCUCCAGCUGGUGGAGCAGGCCACGCAGAAGGAGGGGCUAACCAUGAUCGAGACUGCGCUCAGGUGGAUGGUGCACCACUCGCAGCUCAAGAUCAAGGACGGCAACGACGGCAUCAUCAUCGGCGUCUCCAGCGUCACGCAGCUCGAAGACAAUCUCAACAACCUCGAGAAGGGACCGCUGCCUGACGAGGUCGUCCAAGCACUCGACCAGGCCUGGCUUGUAUCCAAGGUCGACUCGACAAACUACUGGCAUGGAGAUCUGACGUACACCUAUGAUACCAGGAAGGCGCUCUUUGGUAGCGAGUAA